AUGACGCGCAGCAAAAAUUCAGAGAAAUCUGUUGAAGAAUUAGAAGAUAAACUGACAGCCAUUAACGAUCAAUUGCAGAAGUUGAUGGAUGGGAUGAUGAUUAUAAACGAGCGUAAUGUACAAACUGACAAGGAAUUACUAGAACCGAAGGAAUAUAUGGGAGCUAUGAAUCAGAAAAGGAAGGAAAAGGAACAAGUUAGAGCAGAAUCUUCUAAUGAUCGAGCUGGGUCAACGGAGAUGCAACAUUGGUUGUAUAAAGUAGAUCAGUUUUUCUCUAUGGAUGAAGUAGUUUUUGACCAAAGGGUUAAGGUAGCUUCUAUUCAUUUUGAUGGAGAAGCUAUUGCUUGGCAUAGGUCAUAUAUGAAUUCUAGGAACUCAGUGUUAGAACCUACUUGGACUGAGUAUGUAUUGGCCUUAAAUGAAUGGUUUGGAGAGGGAUUUGAAGAUCAUAUGGAAGCUUUAAAAAAUUUACAACAAGUUGGUAGUGUUAAGGAUUAUCAAGCAGAAUUUGAUAGAUUGUUGACUGGGGUUAACUUGUCUAAUGAAAAUGCAAUUAGUUAUUUUUUAGGAGGCCUUAAACCAGAAUUGAAUAAAGCAGUGAGAAUUCAAUCACCUAGAACAUUGCUACAAGCUUACAGAAUUGCAAGAUUACAAGAGGGGGUGUUUGAGGCUCAAGCUCAAUCGUGGGGAAUCAAGCCUGUCAUUAGAACCAACACUGGCAUAUUACCUACUCCUAAUCUCAAUAAACUCCAGUAUAACCAAAAGAACCUAUUACCAAACUCCACUAACAAAAAGCCUUUUGAACCUAACCUUACUAACAACACUAGACUUCCUGGUAAGAGAUUGAGCACAACUGAAAUGGAUGAGAGGAGAUCGAAGGGAUUAUGUUUCUUCUGUGAUGAUAAGUAUGUACCAGGUCACAAGUGUAAGAGUAACAAACAAAUAUACUUAGUAGAGGUGACAGAAGAUGAAGGAGUGGAAGUAGAGGAAGCAGAAGAUGGUAUGCAAGAAUUAUUGGGGGAUUCAAAUGAGUUUAUGGCCAUUUCCUUACAAGCAUUUAUAGGUGCAUCAGGUUAUCAAACUAUUAGAGUUACGGGAUACCAUGAGAAGAAGCCUCUACAAGUGUUGAUAGAUACUGGGAGUACUCACAAUUUUAUUGAUGAGGAAGUAGCUGCAAGAUUAGGCAGCAAAGCUUGCUCUAUUCAAAAGCAAUCUGUCAGUGUAGCAGAUGGAAGAAAGGUGCAGACUGCUUCAGUUUGUAAGGAUUUGCAGUGGUUAUUACAAGGUACCACUUUUUCCUCUGACUUCCUACUACUACCACUGGGAAAUAUAGAUAUUAUUUUGGGUGUGCAAUGGUUGAAUACAUUGGGAAGGAUACUGUUUGACUUUAAAAAGAGGACUAUUGAAUUCAUGUAUCAAGGAAAGAAGCAUGUUCUUAGGGGUGCAAAUGAUCAGCUUAAGGCUGCUAAAGCUAAAAGUUUGAUAAAGAAAGAGGGAGCAGAUGCACAAUUUUUCAUGAUGUCAUUAGUGGCCAGUAGAGAUGAGGACACCUAUUGCCACAGUAUACAAGCUACACCAAGAACUGAUCCCUUACCAGAUUUAACAGCUUUUAUUAAACAAUAUGCCUGUAUUUUUGAAUUACCUACUACCUUACCACCUCACAGGGGGCCUUAUGAUCACAGAAUACCUCUUAAGGAAGCUUCUAAUCCUGUUAACAAGAGACCUUACCGAUAUCCUGGAAUCAAGAAGGAUAUAAUUGAGAAAUUGGUACAGGAAAUGCUAGACCAAGGGGUAAUACAACAUAGUACCAGUCCAUAUGCAUCUCCUGUAGUGCUAGUGGGAAAGAAGGAUGGUAGUUGGAGGCUAUGUGUGGAUUACAGGAGUUUGAAUCAAAUGACUAUUAAAGAUAAGUUCCCUAUUCCCAUGAUUGAGGAUUUGCUUGAUGAAUUAAGUGGAGCUAAGAUUUUUUCCAAAAUAGAUCUUAGAGCUGGUUAUCAUCAGUUGAGAAUGGCUGAAGGAGACAUCAACAAAACUGCAUUCAGAACUCAUGAGGGACAUUAUGGAUUUUUGCGAUUGUUGAGGAAAGCAGUAUUGGUAUUCUUUGAUGACAUUUUGAUUUAUAGUAAGAAUGUGGUUGUUCAUGUGGAUCAUGUGAAGGCUGUAUUUGAACUUAUGAAGCAGCAUCAACUAUAUGCCAAGAUGUCAAAAUGUGCCUUUGGAGUAGCUAAGGUCGAGUACCUUGGUCAUUUUAUCACUGCUAAGGGAGUAUCUACGACCCAAAGAAAAUUGAUGCUACCACUUCAUGAUCUACUGAAGAAGGAUAGCUUUGUAUGGAAUGAUGAAGCUACUACUGCAUUCAAGAGUUUGAAGCAGGCCCUAGUUUCUGCUCCUGUAUUAGUUAUGCCUGACUACUCUAAACCCUUUAUAGUAGAAACAGAUGCUAGUAGCAAGGGCAUUGGAGCUGUGUUGAUGCAGCAAGGGCAUCCUAUUGCCUACAUAAUACCUCAGGAUCUAGUACCGCCCCCAACAGCAGCUCCGACUCAGACAACUAUAUCCCCAGAGGUGGGUCAGAUGUUUAAUGUAGUCAACAGUGCUAUGGAGAUGUUUAAAGCCUUUAUGGCCAACCAGAGCAAGAGAAGAGAUGAGAUUCCACUCAAUCAAAUAGACAGAACAAUUCUGAGUCCUCAAGAGUAA